GACACAUGUGUACAUGUUCUGUGUACACUAUAACAUAUUUUGGCCCUCGCUAGACCUUCGUAGAUAUUUCCUAGAUUAAAUCUAUACCAAUUUCUCUAUGUGGUGUGUACAUAACAUGGUAGAUUUGAUCUCGUAAAAACGUAUAGGCAUUAUUGUACCGUAGUUUGUUGGAAGUAGUUUGAAAUGUCGCGAAUUAAGAAAAUUGCAGCUGCCUCUGUUAUUUUAAUAACGAAGAAUAGAAAAAAUGUUGAGCUAAAAAACAAGAAGAGAAGGAUGUGGGUUGUGAGCUGGAUUUCAAGAAGACAGGAUAGUGUUUUUUUGCUCAAUUAGUGAAAAAAUUACACAGCGAAGACAUGAAUUCAUACGCUAACUUUUUACACAUGAGUAAUAAGGACUAUGAAUACUUGCUUCAAAAAGUUGAACCAUUGAUUAGAAAACAAGAUACUCAUCUUAGGCUAGCUAUUUCACCUUCAGAACGGCUCAUGCUUACUUUACGGUUUUUAGCAACAGGAGAUAGCUAUCAUUCCCUGGAAUACCUUUUUCGGAUUCCAGUCACGACCGUUUCAAGGAUUAUACCUGAAAUUUGUGAAGCGAUAUUUACUGUGCUGAAAACGGAUUAUCUCUCGUAAAACUGCGUGAUUGGAGGAAG